AUGGUUACAUAUGCUCCAGAUUAUAUCUGUGGAAAAGAUUCAAAGCCUGAAAUUCUUGAACAUCCAAAUGGAGAAACAAUGAUUUGUUGCAUGGAUAAAAGUGGAAAUGAACCAGAAUGCAUACCUUCAACGGAUCCUCCAACAGACCCUCCCACUGAUCCACCAACGGAACCUCCAACAGACUCACCAACAGAACCCCCUACUGAUCCACCAACAGAACCCCCUACUGAUCCACCAACGGAACCUCCAACAGAUCCACCUACAGAACCCCCUACUGAUCCACCAACAGAACCCCCUACUGAUCCACCAACAGAACCCCCUACUGAUCCACCAACGGAACCUCCAACAGAUCCACCAACAGAACCCCCUACUGAUCCACCAACUGAUCCACCUACUGACCCUCCAACAGAUCCACCAACAGAACCUCCAACAGAUCCCCCUACCAAUCCUCCUUGUACAAAUUAUCCUGGAAGUGACGAAUUCGAAAAAGCUGUUGAUGAUUUAAAGAAAUUAAGAGAUGAUCUUCAAUCUGCUGGAUCAUCCACAUCUGAAAUUGACAGUGAAAUUGAUCUGAUUCAAGAUGCCAUCGAUGAACUUGUUAAUUAUUUGAAUAAUAAUUGUGACAGUUUAGAUAUCAAUUUUGUGAGUGAAAGAAUCUCAUACAUCAAAACAAAAUUGAUAGAUUUACAAUUUGAUGUCGAAGCAUUCACAGAUGAUUUAGAAGCAAACUUUUCAUGUGGUGGCAAGGAUUGUGGAAUGAAUCCAAACAUUUAUUUGCGUGUUACAGAUUGUGCUUGUGUAUGUCGAUUGAAUUGCCAAACUUCCCAAGGAGAAAUAUUCUAUUGGAACAAAUGUACUUGUGCUCAAUUUCAAGAAGGAACAGUCGUUUAUGAAUGGAGAGAUACUAUUAAUAAUCUCAUUGACAAGAUUUCUGUUAUCACAAGUGAAUCUGAAGUUGUGAAAUCUAAACUCAUUACACUUUAUGAACUUUAUGAUGAUGCAGAAGCAGUUAGACAGGAUAUGCAGCGCAAUUUCGAAGAUCUUGAUAAGGAUGAAUUGAAACAACGAAUUGAAGAAAUCACAAAACGAAUCGAUGAAAUUACAACAGAAGUCAAUACUUACAUUACCUCAGAACAAGUUUGUGCAGGAAGCGAUUGUCUCGAAAACUACACUCCAGUGAAAGAAGCUUGUGAAUGUUAUACAUCUGUAAAAGUUGAAAAAUAUUUUGAAAUCUUAACUAGAUUCAAUAUUCUUGACAAGGAAAUCUUCAGUUAUGAUGGUAAAGAUGUUGAUAAUGAAAUCGAUGGAUUCAAAGAAAGAGCUAUGGCGAUUAGAGAUCUGUUUGAAACACUGUUCAAUUACUUCUAUAAUAACAGUCAAGCACCUGAUGAUGCUGCAAUUGAUGCGAUAAUUCAAGAAAUCACUGAAAAGGUGGAACAACUCGAAAACGAUUUUGCUGAUUUUUACGACAAGAAUAAUCCAUCAAGUGAAUGUAAAUUGGAAGGUCCAUGCGAAAGCAACGAAGUUCUCAAUAAGGCCAGAAGUAUUUGCGCAUGUAUUCCAGUAGAAAACUAUGAAAUGCUUCCAGAUAUUGAGAAUGACUUGGAAAGACUAAGAACUGACAUAAAUGCCCUUGAGGUAUCUCAAGACAAAAAGGAUAUUCUUCUUGAAAACUUAGACAGGUUAGAACAAGGAAUACCGGACUUGCAUAAUUAUGUUGACGAGUUCUCUAAAAAUCUGGAUAUGACCUUUGUGCAAGGAAGAACAGAUCAACUUGUUGGAUGGUAUGCGAAACUUAACUCUGAUGUUGCUGCAGCUCAAGGAGAUAACACAGUCGAAAUAUGUGAUGCAUCAUGCCCUAAUGCCAGAUGGAAUUAUGAUGCCGAAGCCUGUUCUUGUACAUGUGACGUUCAAUUUUGCUUUGAAAGUGAAGAAGUCGUUGACCCUUGGGGUUGUCAAUGUGUGGAAAAAACUGAUUGCCUUAAGACUUCAGAUUCAUGCGGCGAUGGCGAUAUAUUGGAUUAUGCAAUGUGUGAAUGCAAACCAGCGCCUUAAAUCAAUCUUUGAUAACAUAAAUAAAAGUUGGAUAGAUUUAAUUUGGGAAUUAUUUUAAUGUUUAUUUCAUAAGUAAAAUUAGCAAAUAAAAUCUAAAGUUAAAGCACAACUUAAAUAAGAAUGUUUCAAUUGAACCAAAAAUUUAAUAAAUAUUGAGCUUCAACUGAAAAA